AACAAGAAAAGAGAGAGAGAAGAGAAAGAAAGUGAGGAGGGAGAGAAAAUGGAAGGGAAGGAAGAAGAUGUUAGAUUGGGGGCGAACAAGUUCUCGGAGAGGCAGCCGAUAGGGACUGCGGCGCAGACCCAGGACGACGGGAAGGACUACAAGGAGCCACCGCCGGCGCCGCUGUUCGAGCCGGGGGAGCUGACGUCAUGGUCAUUCUACAGGGCGGGGAUCGCAGAGUUCAUCGCCACUUUUCUGUUCCUGUACAUCACCAUCUUGACGGUCAUGGGCGUCGUCAAGGAAGACAGCAAGUGCAAGACCGUUGGGAUUCAGGGUAUCGCUUGGGCCUUCGGUGGCAUGAUCUUCGCCCUCGUUUACUGCACCGCUGGCAUCUCAGGAGGUCACAUUAACCCAGCCGUGACGUUCGGGUUGUUCCUGGCGAGGAAGCUGUCGUUAACUAGGGCAGUGUUCUACAUAGUGAUGCAAUGCCUUGGUGCCAUCUGCGGUGCUGGUGUCGUGAAGGGCUUCAAGAAAUCCAUCUACAACGGCCAUGGCGGAGGCGCCAACGUCGUCGCCCACGGCUACACCAAGGGUGACGGCCUCGGCGCCGAGAUCGUCGGUACCUUCAUCCUCGUCUACACCGUGUUCUCCGCCACUGACGCCAAGCGCAGCGCCAGAGACUCCCAUGUUCCGAUUUUGGCUCCUUUGCCUAUUGGGUUUGCCGUGUUCUUGGUCCACUUGGCAACUAUCCCCAUCACCGGAACCGGCAUCAACCCCGCCCGCAGUCUCGGUGCGGCGAUCAUCUACAACAAGGACCACGCCUGGGAUGACCACUGGAUUUUCUGGGUGGGACCAUUCAUUGGUGCAGCACUCGCAGCGCUGUACCACCAGGUCGUGAUCAGGGCCAUCCCCUUCAAAUCAAAGUGAUCAUCCACCGUUGAUCCUCAUCACCCAACAACAACAUGACGCUUGUCUUUUGUGACUGCUGUUGCAGUGAUUCCAAUUUAGAACAAAAUCAAGAAAACUACAAGCCAAUUUGUUCUCCUUUCAACUUCACUCGCUUUGGCUUUGUGUAUUUGUAUCGUGUAUGUAAGAAUCUGUAAUAUUAUUAAUAGAACCACGUGUCUUUCUUUAUCCAAGGGGGCCUCUUUUCCUUUCCUUUUCUUUUCUUUUUGUUUUUGUUUCUUUUCUUUAUUUGGUUCAAUGGGGCCCAUCUUAUUAUGUGAGUGGGCGUUGUAUGGCAGUGAAUGAAUUUGUCUAUUCUCAAUUGAAAGAAAAAAUAAAACCGACCAUAUAUACCUGCCCUUUGAUUAA